CGGAGGGGACCGGACGCAGCGCCGUGGGAGCCCAGCAUGGAGGCAGAGGCAGCUCGCGGAGCCGCAGGCAUUUACCCAGUGGAUAUUUUGGAAGAUGACCCUGAAAGGCAUCUGGAAGCAACUCUGGGUUAUUAUGCGACACUCAGGGAAGGGAUACGGUCCUCAGUAGAGGUUUUCUCUCUUCCCACUGGGGAGCAGAUUAAACUGGAAGCUUCGUCUGUUUGCUUUUGCACCAUGUACCGUGACGAACCUCAACAUAAAAUAUUAGCCUUGGUUAAUCCCCAGGACACAAAGACAGUUGUGGCUGUUUACAUACAGGAGGCCUGGUGGGCCACCGAAGAUGUGCUGCGAACCUCUGAUCCUGCCCGAGAAGGUCUGAUGAAGGUUCAGUCAUUCGGGGAAAGGAUUGUGCUUUUCAUUCUCAACGUCGUUAUUUUUGGAAGAUUGGAGAGAAAUUUGGAUGAUGGGGACAUGUUUUUUUUACCUCACCCUGUGAAGGAGCAAGCGAAAAUUCUGUGGCGGGAUGGAGCAGCUGUUGGGUUUUACACAACCAAAAGGAAAGGCAGCCUGUGUGGUGAUGGCCCGGGUGCAUGCUACCUGCUCCCCGUCUUCGACACCGUGUUUGUCAGGAGGACUUACCGCCGCCAGGGCCUGGGCACGGCCAUGCUGCAGGACUUCUGUGAGACGUUCUGUGAGGACGAGGCUCUGGGCGUCAGUUGGCCGAUUUCUCCCGCCAUGUUCAAAGUGUGCAGGAAGUUCCUGUUGGCCCAUCCGGAGGAGCGGGGUCGCCUUUGGGAGGUGGAACCCCCAGGAGCCUGGGGCCAGCGAGGCAGCAUCUGGCUGAAGAUUCAACUGCAACAGUCAAGACUUCCAGACCCACACCCAGGAAAUUCCCAGGAGGAUGUGAGCAGUUGUGGGCAGACUUCUCCAGAUGAUGGACCCAGGAUGUCUGGUCGUGAAGGAGGCAAGAAGGAGAGGACCAGCGGAGAGCGGGAACAGACCAAGAGUGAUGAAGACUGCGGAGUGGGAGAAGAAGCAGGGCGGCUUGGGCGAGCCUGGGGGGCCGAGCCGGCCAGGAAGGAAGCCAAGAGGACCGUGCCGGAUGCAGGACUGGCCUGGGAGUCCCACAAGAAGCACGUGCGGCCCAGCUCCUAACUCCCAGACGCCAUCCUGACUCUUGUUGAGGGGCCUGUCUGGGCCCCAGGGGCCACGGGUGUGAGAGCUGCCCCUGUCACUCCAUGCUCCUGUGGCCGGGAGCUGGCUUCUGUCCCUGCUGUGUUCCCCUUCGAGGAGAGGGCGACCGCACAGACCUUGACUACCUCAGGCUUGUUUUGUGGGCCCAGGUGAUAGAAAGCCUGAGAAAGUGCCGCGUUCCUCAAGCACAAAGAUCUAAAGAGGUGCAGGUAGUUAUUUUCCCAAGCUCGAAUUUCAGAAGCUUAUUUGUUUAA